GCAGCCUCGCAGCACAUCUCGCGGCACCGAAAGGCCCAAACGCACCCGCACCACGCGCAGUCACUACUGUGCCAACGGGGCGGCUUGCGCUCUUCCAGCAGCUUAUUACCGUCCCUCGCGCCAUGGGCAACUUCGUGUCGUGCACGAUGGCGAGGGAGGCCGGCGGGAUUGGGGGCGCCAGGAUCGUGCUCCCCGACGAGCGGGUGCGGCAGGUGCUUCUACCGGCGACGGCGGCCGAGCUGAUGCUCGAGGCGCCGGGCCACUUCCUGGCGGACGCCCGCGCGCUGCGCCCGGGCCGGCGGAUCGAGGCUCUCCCGGCUGACGAGGAGCUCCAGCGAGGGAUUUUGUACACUGCGCUCCCCAUGAAGCGCCUCGGCGCGCCCGCGACGCCGGGCGACGUGGCGCGCCUGGCCGCAGCGGUGGUUGCCAGCGGGGAGAAGGCACGGAGGAGGAGAUCGGCGUCGUCGCCCGCCGCCACGGCCAAGGUUGCCGCCGUCGUGGCUUCCGUUGCAGUGGAGGAGGACGCGCCGAGGCCGAGGGCGCCGAAGCUGGACGAGAUGACCGUUGACGACGCGGCAGCCGCGGCGGAGAUCGAGGAUCUUAAGCAGCGGCUGAGCGGCGGCGGGCGGCGGUCGAGGCGGCCGACGCUGGAGACCAUACAGGAGGAGAACUACGCGCCAGCGAGGUGCUGAUGCAAGUCAAGCAAACAGAGAAUGGCAAAGGCCUCCUUCUCGCAUAGGGUCUUUUUCCUUAUUUGGUUCUUCCCUAUUUACCUUGUGUAAAACACCAGUACUCUGUUUUUCCGGUGCCACUUCUUUUUCCAUUUAUUUUGUAGAGUGGAAAGAGGGAGCAUGAGUUAGAUAAAAAAAUUUAAAAUGAUUAACAAAAAUGAAGAAAAAAUGAGGAAUUCGCGUACCGUA